AUGGCGGAACGCACAGCUACUGCGUCAAGCACCGACAAUCCACCGUCCAGCUCACCUGUGCUGGCCUCCGUAGCGGCCCAAGAAAAUGAACGCGGCGGCGACUUGGAAUAUGACGAAGCGGCGGCGGAACCAGAACGAAUCCAAGGCGGCGAUGGCGGCAACACAAAACCCUCCAGGCGUGGCAUAGCCGGCAAGGCGGAGAAGGUGCACAGCCGUGUGCCAGCUCUGCGGAAGAUCCCGCUUGCGGCUCUGGGUAUCAUUUUCCUUGUUGCGGUGGUUAAUGGUUUUGUAUGGAUGGUUGCGGGGAUUGUGUUGGCCAUCGACCUUAUGACUCGGAGACUCCUGGCAACUGGUCAGAGAGCAGUCAGUGUUGGGACGUUCUUCUCGCUGGGACACUCAACUAUCGUCAUCAUCACAGCCGUCGUUGUCGCCGCGACUGCCACUGCCGUGUCCUCGAAAUUCGACCAGCCGUGGAAAAUGUAUCCACUGGGCGUCCUUUUCGGGCUGGGCUUCGAUACCUCAUCGGAGGUUGCACUGCUAGGAAUCUCGUCCAUCGAAGCUACACGCGGAACAAGCAUUUGGGUGAUUCUGAUCUUCCCAUUUCUUUUCACAGCCGGAAUGUGCCUCCUUGACACCAUAGAUGGCGCCCUAAUGCUAUCCCUAUACGUCCAGCCAGCGGAAAAUUUUCUCCCGUCCAAAUCCGUCAAUUCGUCCAGUGCCACCCUCUCCACACCGUCGUCUGGUGCGGGACAGCCACUAACCACCAGCGACGCGGCAACUGCCAACCCAAGCCGCAACCCACGUAACCCAAUCGCGUUCCUGUAUUACUCCAUUGUCCUGACCUCCCUUACCGUGAUCGUAGCUACAGUGAUCGGCACCAUCCAACUGCUGACGUUAAUCCUUAACGUGACAGAAGCGACGGGACGGUUCUGGAAUGGCGUGGAGGUUGCAGGCGAGUAUUAUGAUGUAAUUGGCGGGUCGAUCUGUGGAUGUUUCAUCCUAGUGGGCGGGUUGAGCGUGCUGGUGUACCCUUCUUGGAGGCGUUGGGUUGCUCAACGGCAUGAACUGCAAGACCAGAAUGUCGAUGGGGCUUUGGAAGAAGAAGGAGGGCAUGAAGUAGAGGUCGAGGCGGGUGACGGUAUUGCCACAACCUCUCCUACUAGUAUAGUCCCGGGUGCUGGAAUGGGAAGUUUGAAGGGAGACCGAGGAGAAGAUGGAAAAGGGCAAGUAGGCCGAGUUUUUGUAGAUUUGAAAUGCCCUUUUGGGAGUCGGCUUGGCAUCCAUCCCGCCGCCGACAUCAUCGUUGCCAAGAAGAUACGAAUCCUAGUCCUAGUCCUAGUCCUCUCUCUCCACCAUCCCACCUGGCCGUGCUGUAGCAGUAGGGAGCUUUCGGGCUUCUGGGACGAUAUCUAUCCAUCUGCGAGAAUAGCCUACUGUGCCAGGGACGUGGCCAUCUCACUCUUGAGCCUCCCGGUUAGACUGCCCCUGAUGCGCCGGGAUACCUACUACUAA